GAAUCCAGCCUGGGAUCCUCACGCCAGAUACCCACCAGGGGGAAGAGGAGAAAAAGGCCAGAGAGGCUGCCCGGAGUCAGGGAGGCAGUGUCAGGUUUCAAACUCCGCACCAGCCAUUCAGAGAGCAGCGAUGCCAGGGGCCCGCCUUGGGUUGCUGGUCUGCGUCCUGGCCCUGCGCUGUGUGGUCAGAGCCUAUCCCAACGUCUCCCCACUGCUGGGCUCCAGCUGGGGUGGCCUGACCCACCUGUACACGGCCUCAGCCAGGAACAGCUACCACCUGCAGAUCCACAAGGACGGCCAUGUGGACGGCACACCCCAUCAGACCAUCUACAGUGCCCUGAUGAUCAGAUCAGAGGAUGCUGGCUUUGUGGUGAUAACUGGAGUGAUGAGUAGGAGAUACCUCUGCAUGGACUUUAGAGGCAACAUUUUUGGAUCCGUGAGUUUCUUUUUGUUUUCCUUGAAUGGAAAAAGGAAACUGAGCAGCGCCGAGGACAACAGCGUGGCGGCCCACGACCCGCUCGGGGUGGUGCGGAGCAGCAACAGGGUGAACUCGCACGCGCCGCCCCCAGGUUCACCUAGGACCCGCAAAGGAAUGCUUCUUGUACCUUUCAGAAACGCACGCAGCCUUUAAAGCAGCGGUUCUCAACCUGUGGGUCGAACGACCCUUUCACAGGGGUCGCCUAAG